CUGGUGCCCGAAUAGAGAACUAAAUACGCAACAGAAUUAAUACCUGUACAGCAUGUUUAGGGUAUUACGGUAUUUGCAUGCAAACGAAGAUCAAGCGAGCGAAUACCUCUACAUCAUGUUAAGGUUAUUAUGGUAUUUGAGCAAAAGAGCAUUAGAUGAUCCACAGCAUGUUGAUGGUGUGCAGACCCUAAAAGGUUGUGACCGGAAACCAUUAAAUAUCUAUAUUAGACACGUUCAAAAUGUGAUCGUUGGUGACAAUGGAGCUAUCACCGAUAGAAACACAGAUCUGCAUGAUGUUGGUGCGAUGAAUACAGAUAAUCCAGGUGAGGAGCAGCCAAGCCUUGAUGACGACACUGUAACGCAGCCAGGCCUUGAUGACGAAACUGCAAACAAGACGACAGACGUACAUGACGCGCGGCCAGGCCUUGGUGGCAGCGAAACUGUUGACUCGGGACCUGUAGUGGCUGACAGUGCUGAGGACAAUAAUGCAACCGACACAAAGGACAAUUUUACCGAGCAGGAACCACCGUACUAUGGGAUGCGAUCAAGAAGCAAAUGUGUUGAAAACGUUAAAAUGCGGCGAGUCAGGAAAGUCAUUUAUCGUCCGCGAGCUCUUUCGCAUUCCAUUGUUAACAGAGGCUUUAGUACAGACUCGGUCUGGACCGCCGACCAUCUUUUCAAGAAUCCAGAUGGCUUCCUCCGUGCGCUGUCAGCAGCAGAUGAAAUGGAGCGACAGCGCUUGGAAAAUGUUCUAUUCCAGAUCCUCCUUACAUUGGAAAAAGAACACAGAGCCAUUAAAAGCAAGGACAUUUAUAAUACGCUUACUACACUCGCAUGUAAUGACAUCGGAGAAACCGCAACACGACAUACACUGCAUCUGCUAUUGGAAGAAGUGUCAAGAAAGGCUGACGACUUUAAAGGACUUCUCUCGGUGGAACAAGCUCUUAGAGGGUCGAUCCUGCGGGAGGGCGGGGGCUUGUUUGAUAAGGAAUCGCUUUCCAUGCAAGAACUUAGACUGGGGGUGUACAGUAGGGUCCUUGCGCUUCUGUUUGUAGAUCGCACACUGGGAAAUUUGACGCCUUUGGACGCUGAGAUUAGCAAGCUUCGUUAUAAACUUUUGGAAAUGUUGAAAAAUCAUCGAUACCAGAAGCACAAUAAGCUGCGGCACGCAAUGGAGUUCAUCAUAGAGGUAGCUGAAAGAACGUAUCCUGAUCCUAAAAGGAAAAAACGAGACGGUGGGAUAAAGCGAAAUCUCGUCGAAAUAUUAGAGUGGUCUACAGAAAACCGAAGAUAAUGUCGGUAUUGAAAAGCUUGAUAGACGAAUAUGUUGCAUAUGGC